GUGCCACACGUGCCACAGCCAGCCACAGCCAGCCACUGGCACGGCGUGCCGACGGCCUGACGGCGUGCCGCGCGGAGUGGGGCAGAUCAGUGAGGGACGAGCGAGGUGGCCGACUGCGCUUCGCUGCUUGGCGGGCUUGGCGUCGCGUCGCUUGCCGUUUGGUGGCGGCUAGGGCCAUUGUCAGUGUCACACCGGUGUCGAGAGGAAGCGGGCGGACCACGGAGGAGCACUGCCGAGCAGGGCCCACGUCCAUCUAGUGCGCGAGCGACAGUGCGUGUGUGUGCGUGCGCGAGUGCGUGUGUGUGAGGUUUCGGCCAGCCGGCACCAUACCGCCCAGACAUCAACAGGACCAGCAUGGUGAACGUGAGCAAGAUGGAGAGCCUGUCGGCCAGCCCCGUGAGCGACUUCUACCGCGGCCGCUCGGUGCUCAUCACGGGCGCCACGGGCUUCAUGGGCAAGGUGCUGGUGGAAAAGCUGCUGCGGAGCUGCCCGGAGGUGAGCACGCUGUACCUGCUGAUGCGGCCGCGCAGGGGCGUGGACGCGCGCCACCGCCUGGACGACCUGCUCAACACCACGAUUUUCGACGAGCUGCGGCGCAGCCGGCCCGACGCGCUGCGCAAGGUGGUGGCGAUCCCCGGCGACAUGACGAUGGUCGACCUCGGCAUCUCGACCACGGACCGCGAGCUGCUGGUCGAGGAGGUGUCCGUCGUGUUCCACUCGGCGGCCACCGUCAAGUUCGACGAGGCCAUCAAGCUGUCCAUCGAGAUGAACAUGCUGGGCACCAAGCGCAUGCUCAAGCUGGCCCGCCAGAUGAAGAAGCUCGAGGCCUUCGUCCAUGUGUCCACGGCGUACUGCAACUGUGACCGCAGUGAGGUCGAGGAGAAGGUGUACCCCGCGCCCACGGACCCCGAGAAGCUGGCGCAGUGCGUGGACUGGAUGGACGCGGAGAUGGCAGACCACAUGACGCCCAAGAUUCUCGGAAACCGGCCCAACACCUACACGUUCACCAAGGCCCUGGCCGAGACCUUGGUCAUGAAUGAGGCCGGAAAGUUGCCGCUCGCCAUCGUUCGGCCGUCUAUCGUGACGGCCGCGCGCCGGGAGCCCAUCCCCGGCUGGGUGGACAACAUGAACGGGCCGACGGGGCUGCUGGUGGGCGCGGGCAAGGGCGUGCUGCGGACGCUGUACUGCCACCGCGACAUGGUGGCCGACCUCAUCCCCGUGGACGUGUGCAUCAACCUGCUGGUGGCCGUGGCCUGGAAGACCGCCACCGUGAGGAGCAGGGCGCUGUCUGCCGCGGCGCGCGAGCCCGACGGUGACGCCAACAAGUGCGCCAACGAGGUGGUGGUGUACAACUGCGUGUCCGGCGCGCAGAACCCCAUCAAGUGGUCCGUGCUGGAGAACGUGGGCAGGACCCACCUCCGACGCAACCCUUACAACAACGUGCUGUGGUACCCGGGCGGCUCCUUCAAGAGCUCGUCGAUGUACAACGAGGUGUGCGCCUUCGCGCUGCACGUGGUGCCGUCCUACAUCAUGGACGGCGUGGCGCGCGCGUCGGGCAAGAAGCCGCAGAUGGUGAGAAUCCAGCAGCGCCUGACCAAAGCCGUCAAGUGCCUGCAGUUCUUCACAACCAGCGAGUGGCGCUUCGCGGACGGCAACGUGCAGCACUUGUUGGCCGAGCUGACGCCCGUAGACCGCAAGGUGUUCGACUUCGGCAUCGCGGACUUGGACUGGGACGCGUACCUCAACACGUACGUCCUGGGGACGCGGAAGUUCAUCCUCAAGGAGGACCCCAGCACCUUCCCCGAGGCGCGCGCCCACCUCAGGAAGAUGUUCUUCGUGCACCGGCUGAGCCAGUUCGUGACGGUGACGCUGAUGUGGCGGUUGGUCUUGUCGCGGUCGCAGAUCGCCCGCCGCGUCUGGUCACUGCUGCUCGGCAUCCUGGCCAGGGCCGUCUCCCUGGUGUCCGGCGUGACCCGCGCCGCCCUGCCCUCCCUCGGCCCCAUCGCCGCGCCCGUCGUGGGCUAGGCCGGGCCGGGCCUCGCCCUCAAACGUGUUUUAUCUACCACUGUACAUAUCAUUGAGACAUUUAUGCCCAUGACGUCAUCACGUGUUUUUAUGUACUGAUUGUAUAUUGUAGUUUUUACCUGUAUCUUGUUUAAUAAUUGUUUUAUUUUGUAAAUUACUUUAUUCGUCCUGACGGGCGAGGGAUGGGUAAGCCUUGCUGGUUACUUGGCAUACCAGUUUUAGCCUAGAUAUAUGAUGCAGGGUUAUGAAUUUUUGUUACCUAAUGGUCUCUCUUAUUAGUUUGACGGGAUGUUAAAGUAAGGGGAGAUGCUUUCUUUGAAGAGCUGUGCUCAGAGCUAUUUAGUUACCAAAUCUGCAUUAUUUUAAGAGUAAAAUUGUUUUAAGAAGAAAUUUGUUUUGAGAUGCAAGAUCGACAAUUUUGUAGGAAUUGUAUGACCAUUCAUCAAGCUCAAUAAAAUAUGACAUUUGUUUCUGUGCA